UAAAUAUAAUAAUAUAUCCCCGUAGUGUCACUAUUGUAACAAUUAACUCUCAAAAAAUUCACUUUAGGAAUUUUAGUAAGAUAUUAUGUUCAUUUUAUCAAAAAUAUAUAAUUUUGUAAUAAUUGUAUAGACUAUAAUAAUAAUGAAAUUCGAAAUAUUAAUUAGAAAUUAUGUUAGGUGAUGUAAAACUAGAUGUUAAAAACAUAGAAUGUAGCACAACGCAAAUGAAUGAUAUCGAUGUAGAAAAUGUAGUGUCAGUAGGUAGUGUGUCAAUUGUAAAACAAGAGAAUGGUGAAGAUAUGAUUGUUGUGGAAAAUAUGGAUUUAUAUGAAUAUACGAAUAAAUUUUGCACUUCCAAUACUUUAACUGAGGAGGAUCCCUCAAAUAAUAGUAUCCUAGAGGUCAUAGUAGAUUGUAUAGAAGAUUUGAUGGCAGUUAAGCAAGAGAAUGGUGAAGAUAUGAUUGCUGUGGAAAAUAUGAAUUUAUCUGAAGAUAAAAAUGACCUUUGCUUUUCCCAUAUUUUAACUGAGAAGGAUAACCCUAAUAAUAGUACCCCAGAGCUCAAAGUAGAUUGUAUAAAAGAAUUGUUGACAGUUAAACAAGAAAAUUAUGAAAAUAUGUUUGCUGUUGAAAAUAAGGAUUUACACGAUGAUGUGAAUGAACUUUGCAUUUCCUAUAUUUUUACUGAAGAGAAUCACCCAAAUAAUAGUACCCCAGAGCUCAAAGUUGAUUGUAUAAAAGAUUUGUUGACAGUUAAGCAAGAAAAUGAUGAAGAUAUGUUUGCUGAGGAAAAUAUGAAUUUACCUGAAGAUACGAAUGAUCUUUGCAUUUCCUAUAUUUUUACUGAAGAGGAUAACCCAAAUAAUGAUACUCCAGAACUUGAAGUAACAGCUAUUGAAGAAGCAGUGUCGAUGGAAACGCGUAAACACGAAGAAGGUGUUAUACGCUAUUUUGGAAUGAAUAAUGAAGCCGGUAGAAUAAUUUCAAAAAAUGGAAAAUGUUAUAAAUUUUAUAAAAAAGAUAUUGUUGGUUCUUAUAGAUAUUAUAAAUCUCCACAAAAAGCAAAGUUUGUGGUCAAUGAUUCACAGCCGAAUUGGGCGAAAGAAGUAGAAAUAGUUGGAGAUAUUUAUGGCCAACGAUGCUAUUAUUGUUUAACGCAUGGUCAUUAUACAGAGGAAUGUAUUCAAUUAGAUAUUGACUCAUUACAUUUUUACUAUCCUUACAUUUAAGAUACUAGUACAAUCUGUUUGAUUAAUCUAUUUAUUCAAAUUUAAUAUUGCACAUAUUUUAAUGUGUUAAGUAAAAAAUACUAUUAUACAUUAUAAUACAUCUAAGUAUUUAAAUUUAUUGUUAAAAAUGAGGAUUUAAAAAUAUUGUGAAUAAUUUUUUAAGUAAUUGUUAAUCAAUAAACAAUAU